CCCUCCCUCUCUCCCUCUUCCUCUCCCUCUCUGUUGGGCGUGUUGUGUGUUUGGGUGGAUAAAGAUGGUAGGUGGUAGGAGAAUCUUGUCCAUGUUUCUUGUGGCAUUUAUGUGGAUUAAUGCCCAAUAUGCAUUUGUAAGUUGUACUUUGACACCACAAGUGCAAAGAAAAAUUGCUAGAGCCAAUCAAAAGGGACCUUAUCUUGGUUUGAUCAUACCAAAUACUUUUGAACUAGACCCUCUUCUUCAGAAUUCAGACUACACUCCAAGUAAACUCACCAUAGACUUUGCUGGAAGGAGAUUUCGAUUUGGAGCCAUUGGCCACAAGCCUGUUAUACUGGUCAUGACAGGAAUGGGCAUGAUAAAUGCAGGUGUAACUACUCAGCUUCUAUUAAGCUUUUUCACAGUUGAAGGAGUGGUGCACUACGGUGUUGCUGGAAAUGCAAACACAUCCUUGCAUAUUGGAGAUGUAGCCAUUCCUCAAUAUUGGGCUCAUUUAGCACUUUGGAGUUGGCAGAGGUAUGGGCAAGGGCCUAAUGAUUCGUUACCCUUUGACUUCACAAAGGAAGUAGGAUACUUAGAAUUUGCCAAUUUCACCUCAAACUCAUCUUCAAGUGUUGACAGUGAUAACCUACUCAACAAUAUCUGGUACGAACCAGAAGAAGUUUUUCCAGUUGAUGGCAUUCCAGAAGAAACCAAAUAUGCUCUUUGGGUCCCUGUAGAUUCCAAGUACUACCACAUUGCUAAAAAACUCAAGGGGUUGAAGCUAAAGGCGUGCAUAAACUCAACGACAUGCUUGUCCACAAUACCAAAGGUGGAACUUGUUGAUAGAGGAACAAGUGCGAGCAUCUACCUAGACAAUGUAGCAUACCGAACCUUCCUCUACAACAAAUUCCAUGUGAGCCCAGUGGACAUGGAAAGUGCAUCAGUGGCCCUUAUAUGUUUGCAACAAAGAGUACCAUUCAUUGUUUUCAGGGCUCUCUCCGACUUGGCCGGUGGCGGCUCUGCCCAGUCUAAUGAAGCUGAUACUUUCGCAUCACUCGCUGCCACUAACUCUGUCAAGGUGGUUGCUGAGUUUGUUAAGCUCUUGUCACUCCACCGCAAGAGGUGGAACAUGUUAUAGCAAGUUAUCAUAAAUUAAUUUUUUUUCUGUUUAAAUAAUGAGUGAUUGUUUCCGGUUUGAUAAAAGUUUCACAUUUGAUUAUUAUCUAUGAAAAUAGUUUCAAGGA